GUAGUUAGAGCAAGAAGAUGGUGUUUCCGUCCCUCAAACGGUCCCUUGCAACCAUGUCAUUUCUACUUUCCUCACUGUUGGCUCUCUUAACUGUGUCCACUCCUUCAUGGUGUCAGAUCAGUGAAGCAUCUCCAAAAGGUAGUAAUGGGAUGCCAUUUCCUUGGAAUAAAAUACGACUUCCUGAGUAUGUCAUCCCAGUUCAUUAUGAUCUCCUGAUCCAUGCAAACCUUACCACGCUGACCUUCGGGGGAACCACGGAAGUAGAAAUAACAGCCAGUCAGCCCACCAGAACCAUCAUCCUGCAUAGUCACCACCUGCAGAUAUCUAGGGCCACCCUCAGGAAAGGAGCUGGAGAGAGGCUAUCAGAAGAACCGCUUCAGGUCCUGGAACACCCUCCUCAGGAGCAAAUCGCGCUGCUGGCUCCCGAGCCCCUCCUUGUCGGGCUCCUGUACACAGUUGUCAUUCACUAUGCUGGCAAUCUUUCGGAGACUUUCCACGGAUUUUACAAAAGCACUUACAGAACCAAGGAAGGGGAACUGAGGAUACUUGCAUCAACACAAUUUGAACCCACUGCAGCUAGAAUGGCCUUUCCCUGCUUUGAUGAACCUGCCUUCAAAGCAAGUUUCUCAAUCAAAAUUAGAAGAGAGCCAAGGCACCUAGCCAUCUCCAAUAUGCCACUGGUGAAAUCUGUGACUGUUGCUGAAGGACUCAUAGAAGACCAUUUUGAUGUCACUGUGAAGAUGAGCACCUAUCUGGUGGCCUUCAUUAUUUCAGAUUUUGAGUCUGUCAGCAAGAUAACCAAGAGUGGAGUCAAGGUUUCUGUAUACGCUGUGCCAGACAAGAUAAAUCAAGCAGAUUAUGCACUGGAUGCUGCGGUGACUCUUCUAGAUUUUUAUGAGGAUUAUUUCAACAUACCGUAUCCCCUACCCAAACAAGAUCUUGCUGCUAUUCCCGACUUUCAAUCUGGUGCUAUGGAAAACUGGGGACUAACAACAUACAGAGAAUCUGCUCUAUUGUUUGAUGCGGAAAAGUCUUCUGCAUCAAGUAAGCUUGGCAUCACAAUGAUUGUGGCCCAUGAACUGGCCCACCAGUGGUUUGGGAACCUGGUCACUAUGGAAUGGUGGAAUGAUCUUUGGCUAAAUGAGGGAUUUGCCAAAUUUAUGGAGUUUGUGUCUGUCAGUGUGACCCAUCCUGAACUGAAAGUUGAAGAUUAUUUCUUUGGCAAAUGUUUUGAUGCAAUGGAGGUAGAUGCUUUAAAUUCCUCACACCCUGUGUCUACACCUGUGGAGAAUCCUGCUCAGAUCCGGGAGAUGUUUGAUGAUGUUUCUUAUGAUAAGGGAGCUUGUAUUCUGAAUAUGCUAAGGGAGUAUCUUAGUGCUGAUGCAUUUAAAAGUGGUAUUGUACAGUAUCUCCAGAAGCAUAGCUAUAAAAAUACAAAAAACGAGGACCUGUGGGAUAGUAUGGCAAGUAUUUGCCCUACAGACGGUGUAAAAGGGAUGGAUGGCUUUUGCUCUAGAAGUCAACAUUCAUCUUCAUUCUCACAUUGGCAUCAGGAAGGGCUGGAUGUGAAAACCAUGAUGAACACUUGGACACUGCAGAAGGGUUUUCCCCUGAUAACCAUCACAGUGAGGGGAAGGAAUGUACACAUGAAGCAAGAGCACUACAUGAAGGGCUCUGAAGGCGCCCCGGACACUGGGUACCUGUGGCAUGUUCCAUUGACGUUCAUCACCAGCAAAUCAGACAUGGUCCAUCGAUUUUUGCUAAAAACAAAAACAGAUGUGCUCAUCCUCCCAGAAGAGGUGGAAUGGAUCAAAUUUAAUGUGGGCAUGAAUGGCUAUUACAUUGUGCAUUACGAGGAUGAUGGAUGGGACUCUUUGACUGGCCUUUUAAAAGGAACACACACAGCAGUCAGCAGUAACGAUCGGGCGAGUCUCAUUAACAAUGCAUUUCAGCUCGUCAGCAUUGGGAAGCUGUCCAUUGAAAAGGCCUUGGAUUUAUCCCUGUACUUGAAACAUGAAACUGAAAUUAUGCCCGUAUUUCAAGGUUUGAAUGAGCUGAUUCCUAUGUAUAAGUUAAUGGAGAAGAGAGAUAUGAAUGAAGUGGAAACUCAAUUCAAGGCCUUCCUCAUCAGGCUGCUAAGGGACCUCAUUGAUAAGCAGACGUGGACAGAUGAAGGCUCGGUCUCAGAGCGAAUGCUGCGGAGUCAGCUACUCCUCCUCGCCUGUGUGCGCAGGUAUCAGCCGUGUGUACAGAGGGCAGAAGGCUAUUUCAGGAAGUGGAAGGAAUCCAAUGGAAACUUGAGCCUGCCUAUCGAUGUGACCUUGGCAGUGUUUGCUGUGGGCGCCCAGAGCACAGAAGGCUGGGAUUUUCUUUAUAGUAAAUAUCAGUCUUCUUUGUCCAGUAUUGAGAAAGAACAAAUUGAAUUUGCCCUCUGCACAACCCAAAAUAAGGAAAAGCUUCAAUGGCUACUAGAUGAAAGCUUUAAGGGAGAUAAAAUAAAAACUCAGGAGUUUCCAGGAAUUCUUGUACUCAUUGGUAGGAACCCAGUAGGAUACCCACUGGCCUGGAAAUUUCUGAGGAAAAACUGGAACAAACUUGUACAGAAGUUUGAACUUGGCUCACAAUCCAUAGCCCACAUGGUAAUGGGUACAACAAAUCAAUUCUCCACAAGAACAUGGCUUGAAGAGAUGAUCCUGAAGCUGACCCAACAGGAUGAAAAUCCAUCAGAAUCUCAGACUGCAGCACUAAAUAUGCUUUGAUGCUACAUCAAAAGGAAUGGAAGCAUAGCUGACUUCACUAAAGUUACUUCAUCUCCAUCUAGCAAAUGAGGCACUGUUCUCAAGCAAAGGAGAUGGGGAUCUGGUUUAGGGCAAUCCCUUUAUAAUUUGAUGUUCUGUGGUCUCCUCGGUAAUGUAUAAUUUGGUAUUGCACAGGUGAUUAGUCAAGGAAGUCUGGAAAAGCUUUGGUCCCACAGCCUUGCCUCACAGCAUGUAAAUAAUUAAAACAAUAUUGAUGCUGAGGUUCUUCUACAGCUGGUAUGAAACUGACAAAUUUUUACUGGUGUGAAUUGGGAAGAAAACAAUGCUAUUCUAUGACAUGUUGUAAAAUGUUGGUAAAAUGUUUGUAGAAGCUCAAACAAAACAAUUCCAUAAAAUACACUUGAGGUUAAAUAAUGGGUAGUAAAUUAUAGAAUGUAUAAGAAAAAAUAGGAGAAAAUCAAUUAUCAGGAAAGCUAAAGAACUUUUCAAAUCUAGUAAUUCGAAUAUAGACACAAUGCACUUUAUUGUACUUUCAAUUCUUAUAAAGCGACGAUAUUAAGGUCCUUGACUAUGUGUACAAUGUUUUCACAUAUAUUGUUUCAUUUAAUAAUAUCAAAGUUAAUCUCUGCCAUCUCCCUAAAUCAUCAGUCUCGGCUCUUCUGAACUAGAAGGUGCCUGAUCUUCCUAAUAAUUCUGCCUAUUUUCAUUUGCUUUAAACAGGUGCCCUAUUUUCUUUCUAGUUGUGGCUGCACAAAAAGAAAUAUUUAUCUCCCAAACAAGAUGUGCUGCUUACCGAAGUAUCACGGGGUGGGGCUCCAGUGUGGGUGGUUGAAGCUGGGGUUUGGGAAACCACUUCAGAGAUGGCAGCAGCAAGUUUAGCAUCUUCAAAUUUCUUUUAUGGAAAAAAAUUUUAUGAGUGACAUGUUGUAUAUAAAAUUAUGACCACAAUGCCAUCACUUAACUAUAACUCUUAAAGAUAGCUUAAUGACUGUUUAUUCUCUUGAUACAAAUAGACUCAUAACAUAUAAUUUUAGAAGAAAUUUAAACUCUUCUCUAUUGUAUUAUUUUAUACAAUUUCCUAUUUCUAUUUCCUUCUCAUAUUGAUUAUUCUAAAUACUAUGCAAUAAUAUAAUAACUUAGAGUUCCAUGGUUUGUUUACACAUCUCCUGUUGUACAUUUAGGUUAUUCAAAGUUUUUAGCUCUUUUAAAAUUGCUCUGAGUAAGUUCUAGUGAGUAAGUUAUGGUGCUGGCUAUAUUUUGCCAAACUGCCCUCUCAGAUGUUGCUAGGAAUUCAUACUGCGAAAAGCGAUGAAUACGCAUGCCUGCUUUCCUAUGGCCUUGCUUGCCAGAAUUUGACUUUUAUGACGUAUUUUUAUUUCUGAUAAUCAGUGUAAAAUGAUAUACUACUAUUGCUUGUAUAUUGUGGUAUAUGGUGUCAGGUUUCAGGGUUUUUUUUUCAAUGUUAAAUAUUAUUCUAGCAACUUUCUGAAAUAAUUUUUGUUUAAAAAAUAUUGAAUAUUUGCUUCAUUUCAAAUACUCCCUUUUGACAGAAACCUUAGGUAUAACUGUUGAUGAAAAACCAGAAAAAAGUCCAGAACUCUUUGGUGACUCCAACUAUGGAUAGCUUAUUUUGAAAAAAGAGAAUUGUAAAUUUUACCGAAAGAUGGAGAAAAGCACAUUACAACGAUACCAACAUUCAGAAAUUUAUUGCAGCAUGUUAUUAUUGGAGAUCAUUUCAACUAAUUUAGAUAACUAUAAGAUACUUAUUGUCCAUUUAUACCCUGUAAAGCAGUUUUAGAAUGUAAUAUUUUAGGUAAUCUAAAAUGUACUAAAUUCAUUUUCAGUUAUGAGAAAUCUUUGCUUAUAUGACAAAUGAAAAGAAUAACAAGUUGUCAAAUGAAAAGAAUGACAUAUUGAAACAUUUGUAUUGUCUCUUCUUAAUCUAUCUGAUUGACUUAUUAUUUAAGCCUUUUAAUACUAAGUAUGAAACAACCUAUGGUCUGGAAAUUUGUUUUGCAAAGCUAUAUGUACAUGUUAUUUAGUUCAUCUAACACUACACAAAAGCAUAAGAUGAUUUUUCACUCUUUUUAAAAAUACUAAAUCAUAUAUGUCCAUUUCUCAAUUUUUCCAAUGAUUAUGCUUUGAUCAACAUUAUUGUAUUUUCUAUUUAUUAUUACUGUAUAACAUAUGCUAGUGUUUAGUUGGAUUAAUCUUACCUAAAAGUAUUGAAAAACGCUUUUCAGUAUUUUUUUCAAAUUUUAUACAUUUAUUUUUCAAAUAUAUCAUUGAAUAAUUUUAUUGAGUUAUAAAAAGUAUCUUAUUGCUAUUUAAUAAAAAAUUAACA